CCCUUCAGGUGCUUGGAAUGUGGGAAGAGCUUCAGGAAGAGCUGGAACCUCCUCACUCACCAGCACAUCCACACUGGGGAACGGCCCUACACGUGUAGGGAAUGUGGGAAGAGCUUCAGGGACAGCUCCACCCUGAUCAAACACCAGCGCAUCCACACUGGGGAACAGCCCUACAUGUGUGGGGAAUGUGGGAAGAGCUUCAGGGACAGCUCCAACCUCCGCAAGCACCAGCGCAUCCACACUGGGGAACGGCCCUACACAUGUAGGGAAUGUGGGAAGAGCUUCAGGCAGAGCUCCAACCUGAUCCAACACAAGCGUACCCACACUGAGGAAAGACCCUUCAAGUGUGGGGAGUGUGGGAAGAGCUUCAGUGUCAGGUCCAGCCUCCGCAACCACAAGCUCAUCCACACUGGGGAACAGCCGUACAAGUGCUUGCAAUGUGGGAAGAGGUUUCAGAGCAGCUCAACUCUCCUCAGGCACGAGCGGAUUCACACAGAUGAGAGGCCCUUCCGCUGCACCGACUGCGGGAAGGGCUUCAAACACAACUCCACCCUCGUCACCCACCGGCGCAUCCACACUGGGGAGAGGCCCUACAAGUGUGAGGAGUGUGGGAAGAGCUUCAAGGACAGCUCCAACUUGACCAAACACCAACGGACCCACCAGUAA